AUUUAUAAUGACAAUAAACUUAAAAACAAACACAAGCCAAGGAGGAAAUGGAACGAGCAGGGAGCCGUUUUAAAGUGACACUCCAUCGUCUACUACUACUGGUACCACGAUUGUUUACAAGCAUCUAGUGUUGGUGCCGUGGACGUAGCGUUUUACCAAAGGACACCGAUACUGUAGCGGAAAUUUCACCAAAUUUUGCCUGUGAGGUCCGGAAACGAGGGCGUAAAGGACUACGCGAGAUCCUUUUACCCUAGGAUACAGCCGCUGAUGACAGUGGGCGCCGUCUCUGAGGCCAAUACGGUUCCUGCCUCGUCAGUUUUGUCACCAUGAAUCUGGAAUUGCUCGAAUCAUUUGGACAGAAUUAUCCUGAAGAGUUUGAUGGCGCAUUGGACUGUGCUUCUCUUGCUGUAACUUGUGCAUUUAACAGAUGGGGAACACUUCUAGCAGUUGGAUGUAAUGAUGGCCGAAUAGUUAUUUGGGACUUCCUGACUAGGGGAAUUGCAAAAGUGAUUAGUGCUCACGUGCAUCCAGUCUGCUCAUUAAGUUGGUCGAGAGCAGGUUAUAAGCUAGUGAGUGUGUCCACAGACAACAACGUUUGCAUCUGGGAUGUAUUAACGGGCGAAUGCGAUGUGAAAUACAGGUUCCCCUCACCUGUUUUAAAGGUUCAGUUCCAUCCUCGGAAUGAGAAAAUGUUUCUGGUGUGCCCAAUGAGACAUCCAGCUGUGUUAGUUAACGUUGAUUCAACUCAUGAAGUCGUUCCAAUGGACGAUGAAGAUGUAAAUAUUGUAGCCUCAUUUGAUCGCCGAGGAGAGCACAUUUUCACUGGCAAUAGUAAAGGUAAACUGUUAAUUCUAACUUGUCCAGGACUGAAAGUGAAGGCAUCUUUUCGAAUAGGACAAGGCACCACCAGCGCCGCAGCUGUUAAAAGUAUAGAGUUUGCCAGGCGAACAGAAUACUUUCUUGUGAACUCUGCAGACCGUGUCAUACGCGUUUACGAUGCUCGUAAGGUUUUGAAAUGUGGUAAAGAUGACGAUCCAGAGCCUACUCAGAAACUCCAGGAUCUCGUAAACAAGACCAUGUGGAAAAAGUGUUGCUUCUCGGGAGACGGUGAGUACAUCUGUGCUGGGUCUGCAAGACAGCAUUCACUUUACAUAUGGGAGCGCAGUAUUGGUAACCUUGUUAAAAUUCUUCAUGGCACCAAAGGAGAAAUGUUACUUGAUGUGGUGUGGCAUCCAGUCCGACCGAUUAUGGCAUCCAUCAGUUCCGGGGUGGUGUCAGUUUGGUCACAGAACCAGGUGGAGAAUUGGUCAGCCUUUGCUCCUGACUUCAAAGAACUUGAUGAAAAUGUGGAGUAUGAGGAGAGGGAGUCAGAAUUUGAUCAGAGCGAUGAAGACAAAAGUGUUGAACUCAGUCAGGAGAAAAGAGAAGAGGAUGUUGAGGUUGAUGUAACAAGCACAGAACCUGUUACUGCAUUCUGUAGUUCAGAUGAGGAAGAAGAAGGUGAUGCACUUCUUUAUCUUCCCAUAUCUCCUGAAAUUGAGGAACCAGAAGAAGGCUGGGGCCCUGAAGGUGCGCCUGCUGAGGAUAUCAGUUCCAAGAGGUCGGGUGACAGUAAAGAAAAUGUAUCACCAAAGAAGAAAAGACCUAAAACAUUUGAUGUUGCCUUGGAAAAUGCCCCAACUGAAGAGAUCCAUCCUCUGAUGAGCAACAGACCAAAAGACAAGCAGAACGCUGGAGGCAAGAAGGGGCGAAGUAAUUCAAAAGGAGAGUCUAAAAAGGAUAGAAAAAAACAUUAGGUACUCGACUUUACUCAGAUUUUGUAAUGGUAGUUAAAUGUUAUAUUCAGAAAUCAUUGUGUACAUAUGAUUAACAUUUGUAUUUUGCUAUGCAAAUUGUGAGGUCAUCCAAGUCUAGCAAGCACUAAAUGGUCUUUGCAGCAUCCUGUCUUAGAUCUCAGGGUGAAUCCAGUUCUGCUGUUUACAUUCAGUUUAUCCUUCUUCCUGCCUGCCUGUCCAGCAUCUUCAACUUUACAUUGCUCCCGUUUAUACCACCCAAUUGAGAAAGAAUUCUUUUUUCUAAUGCUGGGAGAGAAGAAAUAUGACUUGGCAGCCUCAUUAAACUACUCUACUAUGUAGUAGUACUUUGAUACUGACUGUAAGUAGAUCACAUGUGAAGUCAGUUCAGAAUAAUUUGGUUAGUGGGAUAAAAUGCAAAGAAAAAUCUCUUUUCAUUACUAGCUUAGAGCUUUCUUUAUGAAACUAUGCUGCAUAAAUAACAGAUUGAAUUUAUAUUUGAAAAUACUUUCAAAUGCAUCUAAGCUUCAGAGUUGUAAGCUCACCAGAUAAGCUUAAGAAAUAUAACUACAAGUACAAAUAGAGUGUAUAGAUUGUUGAUGUAAGAUAAAGAAAAGUUAGCAGUUUAGGUGAAGAUUGAUAUGGCGCAAACGUAAAAUUUUGACCGAUUAUUUAAAAGAAAAACUAUAACAAAUUCUCUGUACAUAUUUUUGCUAAAUUUAUUUUGACAGUAAAUACGGUAUAUUACUUCUUAUUUGGUGUCAGUAUGAUUCUAGACAUGGGGAAGUUGUGUCAUUUUCUCAGGAGUGUUUUUCUACAUUUUCACUACAGCUCAAAGUCAGUGUCACCAAAUCUUAUUACUGUACUGUAGUCUCGCCACAUGCAUAGACAGCUUAUUUAUAGUGGCUUUUUUCAAAGUAUCGUCACAUAUGUAUGAAAGAGUGACAUGGGAUGACACAGUUUUAUAGGAUAUACCUGUAUUUCAGAGAAAAAAUUCCUUUUUCACAGAUUUUUUUAUAAAAAGUUUCCUUUAUCAUAGACUUGAAUUACUUUUUCAAAUUGUGUAUAUUGAGUGUCCUGUUGAUUGAGUGUAGGCUUUUAGAUUUUAAAUAGUAUCAAAUCUGUACAUUAUAACUCAUAACGCUUUCCCAAUUUUGAAAGAUGGUCCGUUUGGGAAAUUUUAGUGUUUUUCUUUUAAAUGAAGGCAUAGUGAUUGUGUAUAUGAAAUUUGUCAAAAUUUUCACAAAUGUAUUAUCAUUGAGGAGUUUUUUUAUAUAUUCUGGUACAAAUCAAAGCAGAGAGAUUAUUCAAAUUUGUGAUGUUUGAAAAGUGGAGCAGCACUGUAAUAUGAAUAAUCUGUUUGAGUAAAACAAGUCAUCAGCAUUACUUGAUAUUCUAGCUUAUAAGUGUCGAGAAGUUUGAUAGGAGAUAUAUUUUUAAGAUAGCCUCAAAAGUGACUUUUGUUGUAAAAGGUAAAAGAUAAAUUCUCUAUUGUGCUACCUAUCAGAUCAUUAAAAGUGCUUAAAUUUCCAUUGUUUUCAGCGUCUGAAUUGUCUACUGCUUUAUGAUCUGUGAGUGUAAUAUUUCUUUUUUAUGAGGGAACUAAAAAUUAUUCAGCAAAUCUGGGGAUUGUAUCUAGCAGCGGACUUUGUCAAAAGAGAGAAAUUAUGCAACAGAAUUUUUUUAUUCCCCCAUCCAAGCCUAUGAACAUUUAAGCAGUAAGGUAGUCCCUGGUUAUUGGCAGACUCGGUUAUUGGCGAUCCGGUUUUAUGGCACUUGUUUAGUGCCAUAAAAUCAGCGAUUUAUGUUGCUAGAACGUGCCAAGUUCUGGUCAUUGGCGCCAUAACAGGUGACUGCCUGCUUUAAACAACCAUGAAAGGAUUAUACAGGACUAUAGUAUGUUGUAUCUGAGGUUAUAUCAUGGCAAGAAAUUCUGUUCCCUAGUUAGGGAUAUUCACUCGAGAGGUUUUUUAGGUCAAAAAGGGACUGACCAUCUGGUAUUUUAUUUCACUGAAAAAUUGGAAGAAAACAGUCAUACAAAAAAAAAUUAUCACAUUGUAUAUCAGCUCAUGUUUCAUUUUUGAGUUGUUUGUAAAAGAAAAUUAUUGAGAUGGCUUUGUUUGUCCAUCAGCACUGUUUCUGUCCGCCUCAGAUCUUAAGAACUACAGAGGCUAGAGGGCUGCAAAUUGAUAUGUUGAUCUUCUACCCUCCAAUGAUCAAACAUACCAAAUUGCAGCCCUCUCGUCUGAGUAGCUUUUAAUUAAUUUAAUGUUAAUGUUAACUAUGGGUUGUACAUCUGAACACCGCUUUUGUCGAUGCACCUUUACUUUGCUGCAUCUAGGGAGCAACUGAGUGCUGCCCAGUCAUAGCUGAGGGUUUCAUACUGCAGCACUUCGAGAGGUUCAAAUUCAUACAGCAUUAUAUACUGUACAGAAAACUCAAUUGCGCUGAGGAAACUUCGGUGCAUUUUUUAUUUUUUUUUAUUUUUUUUUUUAUCUGCACUGCUUCCUGUAAUGACAGCUGUUCUUUUCAUUACCAUUAUUUGAACUUAUUCCAUUACAUGCUUUGUCGACAUCUGAGUGAAUUUCAAGAUCCAGAUCUUUAAACAUUGAGCAUAAAGCUUGCUAAAUAUAAUGCUAAUGACGAAUAAAGUCUGUCCAUUC